GCAAAUCUUAUAUUUAUUUCCAAUUAAUGCAGAGCUUGUCAAUGCCAUAGAGAAGACUAUGCCGAUUUUAUAGCAAAAGUAGAGUGAGUCUCAGCUUAUAUAAAUACACAUACUAGUCUAAGGGACUUGAGAAGUUCUGUAAUGGGUUGGAGGUACAAUGCUGGUUGGGACUGAUUGGAGCCUUUGUCCUAAUAUGAGUCUCAGCUUAUAUAAAUACACAUACUAGUCUAAGGGACUUGAGAAGUUCUGUAAUGGGUUGGAGGUACAAUGCUGGUUGGGACUGAUUGGAGCCUUUGUCCUAAUAUGGGUUAGCUCUGCAGAAAUAACUCAGAGUAUAAACAGCCGUUUGCACUCACUUACUUUGGAGUAUCUGUGAUGGUGAUCUAUUUGCCCAUUUCAGUAUUCAGAAAGUGGAUAUGUAGCUUACUGAGAAUUUUGUUUAGAAACUUUCACGAGGACUACACAUUAGUUAGCACUUCCACUGGACUUGACGUCCCUUUUAAAAUCGAUGGGGUUUUCCGAGGGCCAGAGACCAAUCUAAAAAGUAGUUUGAUUACUGAUGAAGAAAUUAGAGAAAGAGAAGAAGGUAUGCCUUUGGUCAAGAAAGAGGAAGAUAAAUGUCCCUUGCUUGCACAAAGUUAUGAAAGUAGUUCAUGGAAAAUUGCCAAGUGUGGCUUGUACCUCACUCCAACAUGGUUUGCACAAGAGUAUUUUUCAAACAUGGCACUUGCAAAUACCAGUGUUGCAAGUAUAGCGGUUCUGAGUUCCAUGUCAGGUCUCUUUGCCCUUUUCUUUGGAGCCAUUCUUGGACAGGACUCAGUAAAUAUAACCAAAAUAGCAGCUGUUUUAAUCAGCAUGGCUGGUGUUUCCAUGACAACUGUUGGGAAAACUUCGGCAGCAGAUGAGAAUAUUAGCAUGACUCAAGCAUUCUAUCAUGGGGGACAUUUUUGCUCUACUCUCAGCAGUAUGUUAUGGCUUAUUCACAGUGGAAUUCUGCUGGAUCAGGAGACAAGGUAGACAUGCAAAAGCUUUUUGGCUGUAUUGGUCUCUACAGUCUUCUUGGCUUUUGGUGGCUAGCAUGGCCAUUAAAUGUUGUGGGAAUUGAACCCCAUUUCAAAUUUCCAAGUUCAAUGUCCACUUGGGAGAUUGUUAUUGCAAAUAGCAUUUGGUCAAACGUGAUUUCAGAUUACAUAUGGGCACUUUCAAUAGUUUGGACAGCUCCUUUGGUUGCUACAUUGGGCAUGUCCUUGACAAUUCCCAUUGCCAUGAUAGCUGACAUGGUUAUACAUGGUCACAAGUACUCUGCAAUGUACAUCCUUGGAUGCAUUUAGGUUUGAUUUCUCUUUUUCAGCAUGUAUUGUUUAAUAAUUUGUAGGAUUUAAUUAGAAUGUACUCACAUCGUAAAAGUUCCUUACCACUUUAGAUUAUCAUAUCUGAUAAAUGUUGAUUUAUAAAACUAUUUACACAAACAAUGCAUAAGAAUUAAAUGUUGGAAUGGCCCACGUUCAGGGUCACAUUCCAUGUUCUAUUUUAUUUUAUUCCCAUUACAUUAUUUUGGGAAUUUUGUUAUUUCUGAAUCUGGUCCAUUUUUCAUCCACGUUUAACCCAUAUCUUUACAACAUAUUUGCAACCACUUUCAAUAACAAAUUACGUACACAUUUUUUAUCUCAUGUACUGAUAACUUCUAUCUCACGUUCUGAUAACAAGUUGGUUGAGCUCUGUGAUGGACAGACUCUAUAAAUAGGAUGGGGUGCUCUCAGUUUUGUAUCACCAAACUCACUUCUCUAUUCAGAAAAAAAUAAGGGUCUGGAAGAACAAAAUUGCUUUUAGGUUCGUGUAUACGUCGUUUCGCGCUCGAUUUGCAAUGACUGAAG